GUUUGCACGCGCCGCGUCGCGCCCGCCGCGAUCGAGAUCGACGCCGCGGACGUCGAGCGCGAUGCGGGCGCGGUGACGAGCGAGCUCCGCGUCGCGAUGGGCUGGCUGCCGUGCGCGCCCGUGGCCUGGGUGGGCAUCGACGACGCGGCGAGGGGCCAGAACGUCAGUUUCGCGCCG